AUGUCCAUUUUAGGCUUGAAAAAGAAACAACCAAAGACCUUCAAAGUCAAAGUCACCACCAUGGAUGCUGAGAUGGAGUUCAGCUGUGAGAUGAAGUGGAAAGGCAAAGACUUGUUUGACCUGGUGUGUCGCACAGUGGGCUUGAGGGAGACCUGGUUCUUCGGCCUUCGUUACACCAUCAAGGACACAUAUGCUUGGCUUAAACCCGACAAGCGAGUUCUGGACCAGGAAGUACCCAAAGACUCCCCCAUCACGUUUCACUUCUUGGCCAAAUUCUUCCCAGAGAAAGUCGAAGAAGAACUCGUCCAAGAAAUCACGCAGCACCUUUUCUUUUUACAGGUGAAAAAACAGAUCUUGGAUGAGGAAAUUUUCUGCUCUCCAGAAGCUUCUGUUCUGCUGGCUUCAUACGCUGUCCAAGCCAAAUACGGCGACUAUGACCCCAAUUUCCACAAGCCGGGCUUCCUGGCGCAAGAUGAACUUCUGCCCAAGACGGUGCUGAUGCAGUACCAGAUGACGGCGGACAUGUGGGAGGAGAAGAUCACAGCCUGGUAUGCCGAGCACAGGGGCAUCGCUAGGGAUGAAGCGGAGAUGGAGUACCUGAAGAUAGCGCAGGACCUGGAGAUGUAUGGCGUCAGCUACUUCGACAUCACCCAAAACAAGCGGGACACAGACUUGCUGCUGGGCGUGGACGCGCAGGGUCUUCACAUCUACAGCCCCAACAGCAAACUCACGCCAAACAAGUCAUUUCCCUGGAGUGGCAUUCGCAACAUUUCGUACAGCGAAAAAGAGUUCACUAUCAAGCCUCUGGACAAGAAGAAAGACGUCUUCAAGUUCUACUCGUCUCAGCUGCGCGUCAACAAGCUGAUCUUGCAGCUGUGCAUCGGUAACCACGAUCUGUUCAUGCGGCGGAGGAAGGUGGACUCCAUCGAGGUGCAGCAGAUGAAAGCUCAGGCCAAAGAGGAGAAGGCCCGAAAGAAGAUGGAGCGGCAGAUCCUGGCACGUGAGAAGCAGAUGAGGGAGGAUGCGGAACGAGCCAAGGAGGAGAUGGAACGGAGACUUUUCCAGCUGCAGGAUGAGGCGCGUCUGGCCAAUGAAGCGCUGCUGCGCUCAGAGGAGACGGCCGACCUCCUGGCGGAGAAAGCGCAGAUCGCCGAGGAGGAAGCCAAACUGCUGGCUCACAAGGCGGCCGAGGCCGAGCAGGAACGGCAGAGGUUAGAGGUCAACGCCCUGAAGAGCAAAGAGGAGAAGCGGCUGAUGGAGCAGAAGAUGAGGGAGGCCGAGCAGCUCGCUGUCAAACUAGUGGAGCAGUCGGAAAGAAGGCUGAAGGAAGCAGACCACUUGAAGCAGGACCUCAGUGAGGCCAAAGACGCAGAGAGGAGGGCCAAGCAGAAACUGUUAGAGAUCACCAAGACCACCUACCCGCUGAUUGCGGCCUAUUCGACUCCUCCCGCUCCUGUCGCCGUUCCCUCUCGCGCCCCCGCUGCUGCCCCGGAAGAUGACUCGACCUACGAAUCCACGUCCGCGCGUCUCGACUUUAAAGACUCAGAUAUGAAGAGGCUCUCCAUGGAAAUCGAGCGCGAGAGGCUGGAGUACAUGGAGAAGAGCAAACAUCUUCAAGACCAACUGAAGGAACUCAAGUCUGAGAUCGAGUCUCUCAAGCUGGAAGAGCAGCAGCAGCAGCAGCAGCAACAGCAGCAUCAUCUUCCUCAUCAGCAGGCGGCCAGCGUAUACGCGCUCCACGACACCAGGGGCUUCAUCCCUGAACCGCUUUACAUUCCUCACGGCAACAGAAACUCGGCCUUCGUGUCCCAGAUGGCAUUCUUCGAGGAGGUCUGA